UCAGUUCGUCUCCCUUUUCCCAGCUUUCCUUCUCCGUUAGGAUUCUUCGAUUCACUGCCUUUGAUAUAGAAGCAAGGAUCGGCGAGGAGAAGUGCAGGUUCGGGGUUCGUCUAUGGCGUCGUCACUUCGGUCGCUGGCAAUGAGGGAGGCCCGAGGGGGGCGGUUGUACGCGCGCAUGUUCGUCGGUCGGAAGACCUCUAAAUCGACCUACUUCCUUGUCCUUCUGGCGCUUCUCGCCCUCUCGCUUGUACUGCUACUGCUUCUCCCCCUCCAUUUCGACGACGCUUCCAUCCCCCGCCUCCACAAGCACUUCCUGCGUGAACAGGAGGGUUUUGGGCAUCGAGGGCCACAGUGGACGGAGGUUGUCUCUUGGGAACCGCGAGCGUUUAUGUACCACAAUUUUCUGUCCAAGGAAGAAUGUGAGCAUUUUAUUAUGUUGGCAAAACCUCAUAUGAAGAAGUCAACAGUUAUUGAUAAUUCUAAUGGCAAGAGUAAGGACAGCAGGGUCCGGACAAGCACAGGCACAUUUCUCCAUCGGGCGCAAGAUAAUGUAAUCAAGGCUAUUGAGACAAGGAUAGCAAAUUAUACAUUUAUCCCAGUGGGUAUGUUAUUGUGAUUUCUUUGAAAGGUUCUUGUAAAUCCCUAGACUGCAUAAAUUCUAUGAAAUAAAAUAAGAAUCGUAACAAGAAAUAAAAGAACAUGAGCAUGGAUCUAGUUUCAAUGAAAGCAUGACAAAGAAAACAACAAAUAUAAACAUGACAAGGAACUUGAUUGCAAAGCCAUGAUCCUUGUCCUUUAGUAUCGUCUGAGAAUCCCGGAAGAAGAAGAAGAAGCAAAAGCAAAAUGAAGAGAUCUUCCA